ACUAAACAAAUCUCUUUCUCACUUCUUCUAUUUUCACCUUUUCAUUGAUUUGGUGGUUGUUUUCUUUUCUUCAUACUUCUGUUAUCUGUGUAUUGUUUUGUAUCUGUUUUCCAAUAUUCAACAAAAAAGAAAAAAAAAAGGUGAAAAAUGGCAGGCACCGAAGCUGCUACUGUUGUUGCUGAAAAAGUUGCAGAGAACCUGGUUGAUCGAAUUUUCAAUUUAAUCUGGAACAGAAUAGCUCGUGUGUUCAAAUGGAAGACUAAUUUAAAGAAUCUGGAGAAUGACGUUAAGAGGCUGGUGGCUAGAAGAGAGAGUUUGCUGAAAUUUAAGGAAGCUGCUGACAGAAAAGGGGAAGAGUUGCCCGAGGUCAAUAAGUGGCUUAAAAAAGCAGACGAGUACUUUAGAGAGAUGCAGGAGUUGAAGGAUGUUGAAGAGAAUGCCAAGAAGAAGUGUUUGGCUGGGAUGUGUUGUAAUCCCUGGGCGCGUUACCGAAUCAGCAAGAAAGUAGAAGAGUAUGUGAAAGUUGUGGCUCAACUGCUAGAUGAAGCUGGUAGCUCCAACUUCUUAGUUGCUAUUCAUCCUCCUCCACAGAAGAUAUCUGCUGCACGAGUUAAAGAUUUUGAGGACUUUGGCUCAAGAAUGUCCAUUUUGGACCGUAUUAUGGGGGCCUUGAAAAGUUCCACUGUUGACAAGAUUGGUGUGCACGGGAUGCCGGGUGUGGGCAAGACCAUGUUAACCAAAGAAGUUGCCAGACAAGCCGAGGAAGCCCAAUUAUUUGAUGCAGUUGUGAUGGCUUCUGUGACAAAGGAACCAAACGUGAGAAGAAUUCAAGCUGAAAUAGCAGACAAUUUAGUACUACAGCUUCAUCGGGAGAGCGAUGAUGGGAGAGCCGAUCAAAUAAAGGCGUAUUUGAUGGGAAAGAAGAGGAUUCUUGUGAUUUUAGAUGAUAUCUGGACGGGGAUAGAUUUGGAUCAACUUGGGAUUCCACAUGAAGUUAAAAAGAAUGAGGCAAGCUCAAUUGGUGAAGUACAUGUGCAAUGCAAGAUUCUGCUCACCUCUAGAUCUCGCACUGUCUUAUCACAUCUCAUGGAUACUCAUCAAAAUUUUGAAGUUGGCGGAUUACAAGAUGAGGAAGCAUGGGAGCUCUUGAAGAAGAUAGUUGGUGAAGAAGUUGAAAAUUCUGACUUGCGGCUUACAGCAAGGGGGAUUGUGGAAGAAUGUGCUGGGCUCCCCCUGGCCGUUCGAACUCUUGGCAACGCUUUAAAAUGUAAGGAACUUUAUGAAUGGACGGAUGCUCUGCUAAGACUGAGAAAUCCCUCUCCAGAGAACUUCAGGGGGAUCCCUGCAACUGUUUACUCAGCAAUUGAACUGAGCUUCAAGCACUUAGAAUCAGACGAACGCAAGCAAACUUUCUUGCUGUGUAGUUUGCUCGGACAGAAUGGUUCUACAGACGACUUGUUGGAAUAUGGUCUUGGCUUGGGCUUAUUUCAUAAUGUCAGUACAAUAGCAGAUGCAAGGGCCAGGGUAUUGACAUUGGUUAGUGAUCUAAAAUCUUGUUCUUUGUUGCUUGAUGAUUGUAGCAAUACUCACAUUAAGAUGCACGAUAUUGUUUUUGAUGUCGCCACAUCCAUUGUCUCAAGGGACUACCAUGUGUUAUCAUUAAUAGAUGGCAACGAACCCGAAAAUUGGUCUGAUGGGGAGGCAAUGGGAGAUAUCAAAUGGAUUAGCCUACAACACGCUAAUGUUGGUGAGCUUCCUGAUGAGUUGGAUUGUCCACAAUGUAACUUGUUUUCUUUACGUAGCAAGGAUCCUUCUGUGAGAAUUCCAGAAAAUUUUUUUCGGGGAAUGCCAAAUCUCAGAGUCUUGAAUUUCACUAAGAUGCAUUUUUCAUCCAUGCCUUCAUCAAUUUGCCUCCUAAAACACCUUCAUACAUUACGUAUGAGUGAAAGUAUUAUAGAAAACAUAGCCUUCAUUGGAGAGCUUAUGAGUUUGGAGGUCCUAAGCCUUUCAGGGUGUGAUCUUGAAGAGCUACCAUUGCAGAUUGGACGGCUAACCCAGUUGAAGUUGUUAAAUUUGAGUGAUUGUACCAAACUCAAAUUGAUUCCACCACUCAUCCUGGCAAGUUUAUCCAAACUUGAAGCUCUGCACCUGGGAAACAGCUUCAAUCAAUGGGACACCGCAAAUCAAAGAAAUGCAAGCCUUGUUGAGUUGAAGAAUUUACAUAACCUGGCUGCUUUAGAUUUGCAUGCUUGUGAUGUCCAGCUUGUUCCAGAAGACUUGUUCUCUGAAAGAUUGAAAAGAUACAAGAUCUUUAUUGGAGAAGUGUGGAACUGCAGGGACACUUCUUUUAGAAGCUCAAAAAUAUUGAAAUUGGAGCUGAAUACAAGUAUUAGUUAUGAGCAUUUUAUUUGCAUGUUGAUGAGGAGAACAGAAGAACUACAUCUAGAGAAUCUGAAGGGUGUCGAGAAUAUAGUUUCUGAGUUAGAUGCUGAAGGUUUUCAGGAACUGAAGUAUCUUUAUGUCCAAAAUGCUCAUGAGAUUCAGCAUAUCAUUAAAUCAGUGGGACAAAUUCAUUCCCAUGCAUUUUCCUCCUUAGAAGUACUAUUUCUCCGAAAUUUAAAGAAUAUGGUGAAGAUAUGUCAUGGCCGACUUGGAGAGACAUCUUUUAGAAGAUUAAGAACCAUAACGGUCGAAUGUUGUAAGCAGCUCAAGAGUUUGUUCCCGUUCUCCAUAGCUAGACGGUUUCUCCAACUUGAAGAAAUUAGAGUAACAGACUGCAGUAACAUGUUAGAGCUUGUUAAAGAGGAGAGGCAAGGUCCCACUAAUGAUAUUGAUAUUGCAGAAGAAGAUCAAAAUUUUACACUUGCCCAGCUACGGUCCUUGAAAUUGCAGUAUUUGCCAAAGUUCAUUAGAUUAUGCCAUGGAAAUGAGGAAACAAAUGAUUCAAGUUCCAGGGCUGCACCACUUUUCAAUGAAAAGAUUCUCUUUCCAAAACUGGAGGAGUUGAAUUUGUCCUUGCUUAACAUUGAAAGUAUAUGGAGCAGUCAGCUUUCGAAAAAAUCUUGUUGUAUCCACACUCUGACAAAGUUGAUUGUUGAGGCCUGUGAUCAUUUGGAGUACUUAUUUUCAUCCUCUAUGGCUAAAUGUCUUGAGCAGCUCACAUGCCUUGAAAUUAAAAAAUGCAAAAGGAUGAGAGAGAUAAUUGCACCAGAGAAUGCAGAAGAAAUGGAGGAUUUGAUUUCUUUUCCUAAGUUAAACAUCCUGUGUAUAAAUGAUCUUCAUAGGCUUAGCAGAUUUUGCUCUGGAAACUAUAGUAUUGGAUUCACAACUUUGAAGGAAUUGUAUAUACAAUAUUGCCCAGAGUUAAUGGGGUUCGUGGUCAAUACGGGCACAGAUGUUACGGAUGGACUGCAACCCCUGUUUAAUGAAAAGGUUGCGUUUCCCAGCUUGGAACAAUUGGAAAUCUUUGCCUUGAAGAAGUUGAGGAUCAUAUGGCACCACCAACUCCCUGCAGAUUCCUUCUGCAAACUAAAAAUUUUAUCGAUUGGUUGUUGUGAUAAAUUAUUGAAUAUUUUUCCAUCUUAUAUGCGUGCUAGAUUAUUGACCUCAGUGGAAGAGUUGUGGGUAGGACGUUGUGGUAGUCUAAAAGAGAUAUUUGAACUUGGAGAACUGAAUGUGGAAGAGUCAAGUGCUGUGGUAAACACUAAGUUAAGAGAGUUUCUUUUCGCACAUUUACCAAGGUUGAAGCAUUUGUGGAGCAAGAAUCCCUGCGGAAUUCUCACUUUUCGGAACUUGCAGGCUGUGGUAGCUAUUGGUUGUCAGAACCUCCAAAGUAUGUUCCCAGCUUCAGUGGCAAUGGGGCUUCAGCAACUUGAAGUUUUGAAGAUAACAGGUUGCUUGAUGAUGAAGGAAGUUGUAGCAUUGGAAGAAGGAGAUGAAACAGUUCCUAGGUUUGUGCUUUCUCGUUUAUCUACUCUGAAGCUGCGUACUCUACCAGGACUCAAAUAUUUCUAUCCUCAGAAACACGUAAUAGAGAGCCCCAUGUUAAAAGAUUUCUAUUUAGAUCUACGGAACUCUUUUAAAGAAACAGAAGGAGAGAGGCUUGGCAAAUUUCCAGUUCAACUACCGCUUUUCUCUAUAAAAAAGGUAUGAGCCUCAGUUACAAAA